AUGCUUUCUCCGAGGUAUCUCUGGGUUUGUCUCCUGCCAUCCCUGGCGGUGGCGCGUAUUGAUAGGCAAGCAAUUGUCUCCAAAUACAAUGUUGUCCGGACCAACCUCAUCGACAAUGAAACGACCCCUCUCCAAGUCGGAAACGGGGACUUUGCGUUCAGCGUCGAUAACACGGGGAUGCAGUCCUUUCACCCGUUCAACACCAUGUCGAGCUGGGCGUGGCACAACGACUCCUUGCCGACUAAUGGUGAAAAGCUCAGCGACUACACCGGCGUCCCCAAGCUAACCCACGGCCGCAACGUGUCAUACGACAUCCCCGACCCCGACCUCCCGGAAGUCUCGCAAUGGCUCAUUGGAAAUCCGAAUCGGAUCAAUCUCGGUCGGAUAGGGCUUACCUAUCGCGGUGAAUAUCUUUCUGCAUCCCAGAUUUCUGAACCCAGGCAGCAGCUCGACGUUUGGAAUGGAGUCAUCAUAUCGACGUUCAAGGUGGCUGGCAAACCCGUGCAGGUUGUGACGCAGGGCGAUUUUGAUUCCGAUGCCGUCACGUUCGAGGUGAAGUCUGAUCUUCUCCACUCCGGAGACUUGACAGUUACCCUCGACUUCCCAUAUCCCCCCAUUCACUCGACCAAGUACAAGUAUGAAGUCUUCGUUGGGGUCUACGACUUCCCUGACAAUCACACCACGUCCAUUGUUCCCUCAUCCAGAAGCGAUACUGCUCACAUCUACCAUGAGCUACAGGAGACCACCUAUUUCGUCAAUCUCCGCUGGCCGUCCAAGUCGGGCGUGCGUCUAUCCAAGGCGAAGAACAGCACCGGUAUAGCGAAACACCGCUACACGCUUAGUCCAACCCACGCCUCAUCCAGCCUCACCUUUGCCGCUCACUUUUCUCCCGAUCGCGAAAUUCCGAAACCGCCAGCUGUAAUCCAGCAGCGAAACAAAUCCGGAUGGAACAGGUACUGGAACAACGGCGGCUUUGUCGACCUCACCAAAUCUUCGAACCCCGCAGCCGACGAGCUGCAGCGCCGCAUUAUCCUCUCGCAGUACCAUGUCCGCGUGAAUAGCGCGGCUACGGGUCAGUCGCCGCAGGAGAGCGGAUUGAUGAAUAAUGGGUGGUACGGCAAGUUCCACAUGGAAAUGCUCAUAUGGCACAAUGCGCACUGGGCGACAUGGGGUCGUCAGGAGUUCUUUGAUCGGAUCUUUCCCGCGCUUUAUGAGACGUUGCUUCCGUCUUCGCUAGAGCGGGCAAGCAAGAUGGGGUGGGAGGGGGCUAGAUGGCCCAAAAUGACAGAAACAAAUACGGGCGUCAGCUCGCCUGGUGGGAUCAACGGGUAUUUGCUGUGGCAGCAGCCUCACCCGAUGUAUCUCGCGGAACUCGCCUACCAGGCCUCUCCCACCCGGCGUACAUUGGAGAAAUGGGAUGAAGUCCUCACUGCGACAGCGGACUACCUGGCAUCAUACGCGUGGAAGAACGAAAGCUCAGGAUACUAUGAUCUCGGACCGCCAUCAUACGGCGUAACAGAAAACACCCCGCCACUCGAAACACGCAAUCUAGCCUACGAAACCGCAUACUGGCACUACGCCCUCGAAAAAGCCAUAGCCUGGCGCAAACGCCUGCACCGCCCCGUUCCGGACAGCUGGGUCACCGUCUCUCGGCACCUUGCUCCUGUCCCCAUAGUCGACGGCCUGUACGCAGUCUAUGACGGCCUGAACUCCUCAUGGUGGUCAGACUACAGCCUAACCGACGACCCGCGCAGCCUGAUCAUGCUCCAGGGGAUCUUACCCGACACGCCGGCGGUCGAUCCCACCGUCGCAAAGAAGACGGCGGACAAGGUCUGGGAGAUCUGGCCGGAUGAGGAUAUUCGCGGGUGGGGACGGCCUGUGCUCGCCAUCAACUCGGCGAGGAUUGGGGAUCCGGAACGCGCUGUUUAUCACCUAACAGCGUUUGACUGGUGGAAGUUUGAUGGCGCAGGCUUUGCGAUUCGUGGUGGUGAUGGUGGGACGCCGCCGCCGUUCAUGCCCGGAAAUGCCGGAUUUCUUUAUGCUGUCGCGUACAUGGCUGCCGGAUGGGCUGGAUCUGGUGGACAUGCUCCAGGCUUUCCGAAAGAUGGGAGUUGGGUGGUGAGCCAUGAGGGGUUAAUGAAGGCGCUGUAA